AUGGCGCCGAUUGCACUUACACCGCCCAGGACUCCUGAGCUCAACAUGCCGCUCGAUUGCGAAGAAUUUCCCUUUGAACAGCGGCGGAAAGUCACACCGGAGUACCUGGUCCAAAAGACCAUGCACGACCGCAUUCAGAGCAUCGAUUGUGCGAACUGCGCACCGGGAGAAGAUGACGCUUUCUUCGUCGCAGAUCUGGGAGAGGUAUACCGGCUCCACGCCGAGUGGAGACGGCGUCUGGGCCGCGUGACGCCUUUCUUCGCGACCAAAUCGAAUCCGGAUCCGCACGUGUUGAGGCUGCUAGCUUCUCUGGGUACGGGAUUCGACUGUGCUUCGAUUGGAGAGAUACAGACGAUCCUGGCCAUGGGAAUUGACCCGUCGCGCAUCAUCUUUGCGCACACGUGCAAAGUCAUGUCUGCCAUCAAGUUCGCGGGCGACGUGGGGGUCCAACAGAUGACGUUCGACAAUGAGGACGAGCUCUACAAGAUCAAGCGCGCCUACCCCGAGGCACAGCUUUACCUCCGGAUUGUGGCGUACGACCCGUCAGCCUUGUCGCAGCUCAGCAUCAAGUUCGGAGCACGGAUGGAGGCAACGGAAAAGCUUCUCAGGCUGGCGAAAGAGCUGGGCCUCGAAGUGGUUGGCGUGUCGUUCCACGUCGGCAGCGGCGGCAAGGACCCAAGCGCGUUCAUGAGAGCAGUUCGCGACGCGAGGACAGUGUUUGACCAGGCGACCGGCAUGGGAUUCCAGAUGCACACGCUGGACAUCGGAGGCGGCUUCAGCAGCGGCCCUCUCUUCGCGCAAACGGCCGAUCAGGUCAACCAGGCGCUGGACGCGUACUUCCCGUCUGGAGUGCGCAUCAUCGCAGAGCCGGGGCGCUACAUGGUCAACAGCGCCUUCACUGCGGCGGCAAGCGUCAUGUCGCGGAGGCAGGCGGAGCCGCUGGCGUCGGACUCGAACAAUCUGAAGUCAACGAUGCUGUACAUCAACGACGGCGUCUACGGCAACUACUUCACAUCCAUCUGCGAAGUGCCGCCGGAGCCGAGAGUGUUCAGACGUGCGGGACGCACCAUUGUCGACAAUCCGCAGCUGGAGGCGGCGGCGCAGAACGAGUACAGCAUCUGGGGCAACACGUGCGACAGCUUCGACUGCGUCAACCCGUCGUGCAGGCUGCCGGGCGAGGUGGGGGUUGGCGAUUGGCUGUACUACCGGGACAUGGGAGCAUACACAAGGUGUAGCACGACGACGUUCAACGGCUACACGGGCUCGCACGAGGUGAUUUACGUCUGCUCGGAGCCCGAGGCGGCUGCUUUGCUCGACGGAUGCUGGAGCUGA